UAAAGCUUUAUUUGAAAAAAUUAAGAAAAUUCAUUUGUUUGAAGUAAUUGAUAAGAUCACUAUAAUUAACAUUUAAUAAUGUCUGAAUGGGAUCAAGUUACAGUUUUGAAGAAGAAACCAUUGAAAGCAGCACAGUUAAAGACGGAAUCUGCUGUUAAUCAAGCCAGGAGGCAAGGAUUUGAAGUUGAAACACAUCAGAAAUUUAAUGCAGGAACUAAUAAGCAACAUUUACCGACAAAGAAUACUGCAAAACUAGAUCGUGAGACUGAAGAACUAAAGCACAAGGCAAUUGAUGUUUCUGUAGCAAGGCUAAUUCAACAAGGUCGUCAGGCAAAAGGCUUAUCACAAAAGGACCUUGCAACUAAAAUCAAUGAAAAACAGCAGAUCAUCACAGAUUAUGAAGCAGGAAGGGGAAUUCCCAAUAACAUCAUCCUUGGAAAAAUGGAAAGAGUCCUUGGUGUUAAAUUGCGGGGAAAGGAAAUUGGCAAUCAGUUUGUUCCUCCGCCUCCUAGCACAAAAAAAUAGAUGCUGCAUUUCUAGGAGGCGAUGCUAAGAUUAUAAAAUAUCAAUGCAGGCAAUUGAACAUCUCUUACAUCUUCAACUAAAUUACUUAUCCAAAUUUUAUUUCGAUAUUCAUUUAAAGCACACCCAACAUUUAUUUUUUGAACUGAUGUCUGAUAACUUUGUUUUAUCACACAUUUGGAGUGGUGUUUUUAGAAUAAUGAACUUUGGUAAAUGCUGGAUAUUUGCUUUCCAAUCGAUAAUUGUUUUUUUUCUUCUUUUUAUUAAUGAAAAAAUGAAAAUUCAUGAUUUUUGAGGAUUUAAAUAAAGUGUCAAUACAUGAAAAAGUCAAGAAACUAAUCUGUUGAAUUACACAGUGUUUUAUUUACUUCCAGUAAUUUAAAAGAAUAGAAAAAAAUGUGAGAAAAUAAGGAUAAAAAUCUAAGAAAAUUAAAGUUUUAAUCUUUUCUCAAUGGUUCAUUACGCUUUUCAAUGCCAUUUUCAGUAACGAUCGAAAUUUGAAUACCGUCGCCAGUAUAGAUAUCACGUUCAGCUGCUGAGAUGAAAGUAUCUCUUACCAAAUUAACAGCUCGUUCAAUAGUCAAUGGAACAUUUGGUUUUUCCUCCAUAUUUUUUAAACCAAUUUGAUUGUCUAAAAUUGGCUGCAAUAAUGCAGACGAGGAUCCUCCUGCGCGAUAAGUAUGACGCUCACAAUGACCGAUUGGAUCAUAGGAAUAAACAUAUCCUUUGCCUUCAUAAAUUCCAGCUAGAACAUUUGAAACAUAAUAAGGGAAAAACCUGCGACCAUACAUCAUUGUAGAGAGAAGCUGUGCUAAUGCAUUCAAACUAAUUUCUUUAUUCUCAUGAGCGUCUGAAUAUUGUCGUACUCUGGUUUGUAAGAUGCUCGUCAGUGUAUCAGAAUCGCACCAAUUUCCACAACUUGCUAGAACGGCUGUUGAAGUCAAAUGAAAUAGCUUUGAGUGAUUUCUUGAAAAUAUAUUAUAUCCAGCACUUAAUCGAGUAUCAGCUCCAAUGACUGCAAAGUUAUCGCCAGCAAUAGCAACAAUCGAGCUCAUUAUAUUCAUAUGGAUUGAAUUGAUGCUGAACUGCUCCGGGGACUUGAUAUUCAGGAAAUUGAUUAACACCGAGCAUUUUAAUUGAUUAAUUACAGCUUUUUUUCGAUUAAACAAAUUCUUUUGAAUUAUUUUGAAAUUAUGAAUUUUUAUAGCAGUUUUUUGAGAACUGAAACCCCC